AUGACGUGUGCAUCGGGCUAUGGCUCGUCGGCCACUGGCGCCACGGACGCCGCAGCCACGUGCACGCUGUGCCCCGCGGGUUCGUUCUCGGCAGGACAAUUCCAUCAGUGCGUCGCCACCAAGUGCCCACCUGGAACGAGUUCCCCCGAGGGCGCGGAUGUGCCCAUCCAGCAGUGCACUCUGUGCCCCAGUGGGUCCUUCUCCCGCGGCGGCAACGCUUCGUGCGAGGUUGGCCAGUGCGAUAUUGGAUUUGCGAUGCCCCCGGGGUCGACCCGUGCCGACGACUGCCUCCUGUGCGGUGACGGGUUCUACUCGACGGGUCGUGCGACGCAGUGCAUUGCCUGCAAGUGCGGCGCCGACUCG